AUGGAACAUAGGAAUGCAUCUUUAAACACUUUCUUUCAUGAGACAAGAACCGGAAAUCAUGUGCCCAGAGCGCUUUUCAUGGACCUAGAACCAACUGUUAUAGAUGGGAUCCGUGUGGGGAAGUACCACUCACUCUUCCACCCAGAACAGCUUGUGAAUGGAAAGGAGGAUGCUGCAAACAACUAUGCACGAGGUCGCUACUCCGCAGAACAAUGCAGUGGACUUCAGGGCUUUUUGAUUUACCGAAGCUUUGGAGGAGGCACAGGGUCGGGGUUUACAUCUCUCUUGAUGGAGCGACUCUCACUAGAGUAUUGCAAGAAGACAAAAUUGGAGUUCUCUGUCUAUCCAUCUCCUAGAGUCUCCACUGCUAUAGUGGAGCCUUACAACGCCGUCCUCACCACUCAUUCCACCAUAGAACACUCAGACUGCACCUUCAUGGUGGACAAUGAGGCUGUCUAUGACAUCUGCCGUCACAAACUUGGUGUUGAACGUCCUUCCUAUGCUAGUAUCAAUAGGUUGAUGGCCCAGGUGUUAUCUUCCAUUACUGCUUCACUCCGCUUUGAGGGGCCUUUGAACGUGGACUUAAUCGAAUUCCAGACCAACCUAGUACCUUAUCCCAGGAUACAUUUUCCCAUCACAACGCUUGCCCCCAUCGUCUCUGCUGACAAAGCCUACCAAGAGCAGCUCUCUGUGCCUGACAUCACUGCUGCUUGCUUUGAGUUCUCCAACCAGUUGGUCAAGUGUGAUCCUCGGCUUGGGAAGUACAUGGCUUGCUGCCUACUGUACAGAGGAGAUGUGGUCCCUAAGGAUGUGAAUGCAGCAAUUACAGCCAUGAAAUCAAGGACCUCUGUUCAGUUUGUUGAUUGGUGUCCAACUGGUUUCAAGGUGGGCAUCAAUCAUCAGCCACCUACAGUGAUUCCAGGAGGGGAUCUAGCCAGGGUUCAGCGGGCUGUGUGUAUGUUGAGCAAUACCACGGCAAUUGUGGAAGCCUGGGCCUGUCUGGACCACAAAUUUGACCUCAUGUAUGCCAAAAAGGCAUUUCUGCACUGGUAUAUCACAGAAGGCAUGGAACAAGGGGAGUUUAUAGAUGCUAGGGAAGAUCUGGCUGCUCUGGAAAAAGAUUAUGAGGAAGUGGGGCUGAGUUUCUGA